AAUGAAAAUAAAUACCAUUUUGCCGAAAAAUGUUGCCAAGAGGGAGGAAGGAGAUAAUGAACAGGAGUGACCCCAACACUGAACCCUGUGGAACUCCGUGGUGAACUAUGGAACAUUCUGACCGGUAAUUCUGAAUCUAUAUAAAAUGUGUCCUAUCUGCAAAGUAGGAGACAAACCAUUGAUACACAAUGCCACAGACUCCAAUGAUAGCGAGAAUCAGAAUUUGCAUCUGUAAUUGGAUCAGCGACUUCAUGACACAUAGACCACAAAACAUUGUUAAUAAUAAUUUUCAACAUCAGUGCCCCACAAUGAUGUAUUCUCAGCACAUUCAGAUGGAAGAAGGGUCCUGACCCAAAAUAUCCCCCUGCCUAUGUUCUCCAGAGAAGCUGCGUUACCCACUGAAUUACCCCAGCACUUGUGCCAUUUUUGUAAACCAGCAUCUACAAUUUCCUUCGCUCCAUAAAUGCUGCCUCACCCGCUGAGUUUCUCCAGCAUUUUUGUCUACCUUUGUCUACAAUUCCUAGUGCCUCCACUUUUAGUGACACUUGUACAAUGAUUGUAACUGCCCCACAUCGGCAGUUAGUUAAAUUCUGAACCUCACGGUUUUUGGUUCCUACCUGAAAUAGUAGCGUUCCUAAGGGGGGAACUAAUUGCCGACUUAGUUUCCGGGGGGCACGGUUGUUGGCGCACACAGAAGCCAUGACUAAGAAGAAACCAAGAAAUACCUCUUAAGUAGUAAGCAGUGGACGAGUUCUCACGGGUUGGUUGGAGCCGAAAAUAAACCCCGUAUUUAACCACGACCUCGGGCCUCGUGUACUGCUUGGGAGCUACAGUGAGAACUCGACUGCUCUGCAUGAGUAGCCGAGGAGGACGUCACCAGACGGCAGCAGCCGAGAAGAGACGAACCAUAUCCAUGCUGCGUGUGUAUCUUCUACCACCACCUACGCCGAAACACAAGAAGAGCAAGCCCACAGGAAAGCCCAGGUGCCCCUAGUGUGAAUAUUGCUGCUAAGAAGAGACUCGUGUUUUGCACAAGAGACUGAUAUAUUAUCUACAUUUUCAUUUAAUAAGUUGAUGUUGUUAUUUUCUGCAACUAAAGGACUUUAAGUGUUUUGCACAAGAGACUGAGAUAUAAUGUGCAUUUCAUUUAUGUUGUUUACUUACCUUUCCUUAUUGAAGACCAUUGAUACUCACACUGUGUUGAUAUUGAGAAUUUGUUUAUUGAUGGUUACACUAAAAAUCCUGUUAAAACAAGCAGUACUCAUAGUAAUUUAAAGGUGCAUAUCUGUUACUUAACAAGUGUUUAAUGCAUAUGUAACUUACCUGUGGAAGAGUUGAUACCUUUAUUUGUCUAAUUAUCACUCAUAGUGAUUUAAGUUGAUAACACUAUAAAAAUUAUUUAUUAAUUAGGUACUUACUCAACAUAAGAAAAUAUUAGAUUUAAACCAAACUAAAGUAAACCAAGUAAAAUGUCAGAGUUUGAGCUAUCCCCUGAAAGUGACAGAGAAGAUGAUGAAGGUGAUGACACGAAACAGCACUGCCCAGACGCACAACCACAAACGACCAAUGGCACUGGAGAUGAUAUCCACACUUCCUCACAAGAGCCACAAAGAGGCCAAAGUCCGUAAGCUAACGGAAAAGGGCCAAGAACUGCACGAUGAGCAAAGAAGAAAGGUUGCACACCGUUUCAGUGUGAGCUACGAGAAGUGGAAGGCUGUCAUUAAGGACGCCAAAGGGGCGCUGAGUGGUCAAUGCUCAAACAACCUGCUGAAUGAACACAUCACCAAGGUAAGCAAUGCUUCAAAGAAUCUGAACGCUGUUUAUGAAGAGCUGAGACACAUCGACAUUCUAGAUCAUGACACACGUCGCAGAGUAGACACCUGUGAAGCAGUAACAAAGAAGAUAAUCAAAACGGCAAGAGGUUAUCUAAACACGGGAAAGAGUGAAUGUCAAGUGGAUGAAGAACAAGGUGUUAAAGAUACAGAAUCUGUGUUCAAGUCUGCAGCCUCAGAUAAGAUGAGCAUCAAAUCUCACCGCACCAAAUCCUCCCAGUCCUCUGCUCGUUCUCAAGGCAACUCAAAAAUCACAUCCAGACAUUCAAGCCAGUCUUCUGCACACAGACUAGAAGCCGCUGCUGAAGUCGCAGCCAAUGAAGCCACAUUACAAGCGCUGCUAGAGCAAGAACAGGAUAUUAUAGAACUUGAAAGACUUGAAGCAGAAGAUGCAGAGAGUAAAAGGGUGCUAAAGGCCAAACGCAGACAAAUAGUGCGAUUGGAGACAAUAGGGAAGAUAAAGGCUGCCAAGGCACGACAGCAAGUAUAUAAGCAGAGUGAAUGCUCAGACGAUGAAAUAGACAAGCUGCUCUAUCAAAACGUCUCUCUGAAGGAGAAGAAGGAAGUCAACCAGGAAAGAAACCUGUCGAAGCAUCACCCUCCACCACAAGUUAUGACACUUCCAAAACAAGAAGAUAGCACAGCAGCUCUUGUGAGAGUGUUUGCAGAGUCCAUCAGUGCGAGUCGUCUUCCUAUACCGGAACCGUCAAUGUUCAACGACGACCCACUCAGAUUCAAUGACUGGAAGGUUUCCUUUCAGACAUUAAUUGACUAG